GUUUCCCGAUUCCUUUCCGCCUCGGUCUCCGGCUGUGGCACGCGACGUCAUUACCGCCUAUAAAGCGAUGCGGCCCGCGCCUCGGCUCUCCUCCCCGAUUGUUUUCUCCUCCUCUGCUCGCUCUGCGUUGAGGUUUCGCUAGGGUUUCUGUAGCGGCCGGGAGGUCUCGCCGGUUCUGUCGUUCGGCGGCGUCGGCGAGUGCGAGUUCUCCGAUAGUUCUUGCAUCGAUCUCGUCAUCGAGUGCGAGUUCUCGGCGAGUUUCCGCAUAGAUCUAAUCUAAUCAAGGUACAGGGAAGUUCUUCGGUGGGGUUCUUCGUAUUCACGAGGAGAAGGGUUGGGCGCGAGACCUCCGUUUCUUCAUUGCCGGACCAGAGCAGUUUUUGGAGCAGCAGACGGGUGCAAGAUAUUGUUUGGACAAACUUGUGGCUUUCUACAUUUGUGUUUUGCUACCAUGAAGGCUAUCCGAGGAAAUAGGAGAAACUAUGGUGGCUUUGACUUUGGUCCAGGCUUGCGCAAGUUCUCGAGGAAGAAGGAAAGAACUGAACUCAUGAAAAAGAGCCUCAAACAGCUAAAGAGAACUUGUGAGUGUUAUAUGGUUUCGACGGCAAAUGCAUAUAACAAUGGUAUUAGACAAGGUGAUAAAUUUUCAAAAAGGGAUACUAGCCAUGGUACGGUAGUGCCUCGGACAAAUAGCUUUGCAUGUUCCUCUAGACCAAGCAAUGGAAUGAAGUCUUCUCAUGAGAGUAUCGAGAAAUCGAUGCCCUUAAGGAUUGUUCGAAAGAUCACUGAAAAGACAUCCCUAAGACCAAGCAAUGGAAUGAAAUCUUCGCAUCCAAAUAAUGAGAAAUCCAUGUCUUCUUCAUCAAGGAGUGUCCGAAAGAACUCUGAGAUAUCUAGGCCCUCUUCCUUAAAGCCAAACAAUGGUGUAGCUUCUUGUCAGAGAACUGCAAAGUCUUGUCCAAGUCCAAGCACUAGGAUGAUUGAUAACUCUAGGCCAUCUUCCUUGAGGCCGGUGAAUGGCAUGGAUUCCGUGAACAAGAAUUCAAAUGGUGGUGCCCUUCGACUGAAGAAUAUUGAGAAGCCGAGGACAUGUUACUCCAACGCAAACAAUACCAAGAUGCCUAGAUCUCCUUCGUCGAGGCCAAGCGAUGUCACGGUAUCUCCGCCAAUGAAAAUUAAGGAGCUAAACAAUGGCCUGGUUCCUUCGCAGGGGAACAAUGAGUCGUAUAAGUCUCAGCCCUCUCGUCUUAAUAACGGAUCUUCCUUGGUGUUGAAGUUUGACCCAAAUUCUUUGCUUGGCAAUUCAAUAGAAUCACGCCACUCAUCCAUUUUUGGCAACUCGAGGAUUGCCGCACGACUGGUGAACGGUGAGGCUCAAAAACAGGAUAUCUCGACGAUGCUAGAAACUCCAAAUCUUAGCUUAAAGUUGAAGGGUAACCAAGAGAACAUUGGGAUCGGUCAUGUUGCGAAGGUAUCACGCAUGAUCACUAACAAGGAUCAGCAUGCGGAAUCAAUGGGCGAUCACUUUCAAGUUGAUGGUAGAAAGCUUAACAGUGACCUUUUGGAGCAUGGAGGAAUUGGUGCCAACAAGCUUAAGAGAAAGUGGUUGGAACCAUUGUUGGAAGAGAACCAUGAGACACAUGAGGAUGAUGAUAGUGAAGAUCCCGAGAACUGCAGGCCAAAAAAUAGAAGGAGAAGACUUAUUCUCGAUGAUUAUGAAGACGAUGAUGCUGGCGAUGCAAAUCUAGCAGGUGUUGAGUUUGACACUGCUGGAUUGACUACAAAAACGGGUGCUGUGAAGGAUUCUUCUAUCAAAGUCUCUAGUCCAUUUCUGUCGGAAUCUAUGAAGCUUCAACAGUAUGGUUCGCUGCCCAUAGAUGAACCCGUUUGGAGUGGAAUCAUUAAGAGAAGCAGCAAAAAAGAUGUUUCAUUGGCUGCACAUAUGUCAACCAAAUGCUGUGAGGCCGUGUGGAACUUGGCAGAAUCCUUGCAGCAAGAGAUUGUAGUAACAGAGCUUCCUAUGUUGGAGGCUUGGCCUAAGAGCUUUGAGGCAUCAAGGCCCACUGAUGACAACAUUGCCUUGUAUUUCUUGCCCUGCGAAAUGAGGCAAGAGGAUGCAAACCUGGAGCAACUAGUUAAGGAAGUUGUGGAGAAAGAUGUAGUCUUACAAGCUGUUAUUGGCGAAGCUGAGAUGCUGAUAUUUCCUUCCAUUCUACUGCCUGAGCAACACAAAACCUUCCAAGGGAAACCCUACCUGUGGGCAGUGUUCAAGCGUAGAAAAAUUAAUGUUGCCACAGUGGAAGCGAAGCAACAUGGCAAAGGCCGUUGUGCAGAAGAUGAGAUGGGAAAACAACAGGAAUCACAUUCCAGUGUAGACAAGGAGGGUCACAGCGUUGCACUGUUAAACACAGACACUGGACCUGAAGCUCCGGAAGAAAUGGAGCUGGAACAGAAUCCCUUGUCAGCUCGAGUCAACACGCCGAGUCCUGCUAGAGAUCCUACCAUGAAUGCUACAACGUCUGCACACCAUGGACAGAUCCUCUCGAGCUUGGCGGUUCCUACAGGAGCAGUGUUCGGUUUUGUGGUUCAGGGAAAUCCGAGAAUCGAACAUCUCAUCCAAGAGAUGCAACGUGAAGGCGCUGUUGUAGUUGCAAUGCGAGGGCAGAUGAUAGGGCCAGGUCUUGGCCAGGCCGAAGCUAGUGGCAGAGAGGAGGACAAGAAGCCGCCAAGCUCGUCCUGAACUUGUUGCCAUGGUGCAAAGGUGAUCUGGGCCUUUAGCUUGUCCUCUGCGAAGUAGCUUCAGUUGUGCUGGACGUAUUGUUGCUAGGCAAAGAAAUUGAUUCAGACCUCAGCCAAUGUCUGUUUGAAGGAAUCCUGCUCAUAAGGUUCAGGCUUUUCCAUCCCUGGUAGUUUCCGAGUCAGUUGUUUAUCCCUGGUAGUGUUCAACUCAGCAGUGUAUCCUGGUAUUCUGGUCAAGUGGUUCCCAGGCUAUGUGCUGUACUAGCAGAACUUCUAGAUUUGGUUGGAAAUCUAUGUAUUACUAGAUGGACCUAGCGCGCUCUGCCGCGCCGUCCUCAGCUAAUAACAUUAAGGUUUUGCGGCCUGAUCGUUAUUUUACACAGCUGCACCAUCCUCUGAUUUUACUCCAAACUUGUAUCUUAAAAGUGGCA